GACGUUGAGGUGAUAAGUGCUCUUCAAGAUGGCUAUGGUGAUAUCUCAAGCGACGAAAGCAGCGAUUGGGGGGUUUUUGGCGCUAAUGGUGUUGGGCGCUGUGCUGGUGGUGGGGGCUGCGUUUGGCUGGUUCGACCCUAGGAGGGAAGAUGAGGAUUCUCCGGCGAAGAUCAGUGCGAGGUUGCAGGGCAGAACAUCUUUUGUCACGCAUCGUGCUGUAAACCCAGAUGAAAACCGAUUACCCGUCGUAUCCCAUUCGUCUCCACACUUCGCGGAAACCGGGGAGAAAGGGGCGCCUAUCUCCUUAUCCGGCCAAUGCAAGUGCACAGUGAACGACUUGUCUCGGCUGCUGUCGACGGUGCCCGGCCUAAAGGGCGCCCCAGGCCCCCAAGGGCCAAUAGGCGCCGAUGGCACCAUCGGCGCCCCGGGUAAAACGGGACAAAUGGGUGAUCCGGGUCCUCCGGGCCCAUUAGGGCAAAAAGGUGACAGAGGAGAGAGAGGCGACAUUGGCCCUUCUGGGCCAGAAGGUCAGCCAGGGCCAAAAGGGGAGCCAGGAGUCGAUGGAACCGCUGGUCCACAAGGACCUCCUGGACCUCCUGGACCCGCAGCAGCUAUCAUGGAAUCAACCGGAUUAACCGUAGCCGGUCUACAAACCGAGAGAGGGCCUAUGGGACCUCCAGGGCCGCAAGGCGAUAGGGGUUAUCCGGGUAACAAGGGGGAGAGGGGAUUACACGGGUCCAAGGGUGACAAAGGAGAACGGGGUUAUGUGGGGUUGAGGGGCCCUCAUGGAGCGAAAGGCGAGCGCGGACAGCCCGGUCGCGAUGGCACGCCCGGCCUACCUGGCCCUCACGGCCGUCCAGCAGAAAAGGGCGAGAAAGGUGGUCAAGGAACCCCAGGCCCGCCCGGGCCCCCUGGACCUGGCAUUAUUGACAAUUCAAUAGCAACGGGAACUGCAAGCAGUAGCCCCCGAGAAGUAGCAGCGCUCGUGAAGGCGGUAAAGGGGGAGAGAGGUGAAAAGGGUGAGAAAGGCACAAGGGGCAUGGAAGGCCCACAAGGUUUCCCUGGAAACGACGGGAAACCAGGAGAGCGCGGUGACAUCGGACCAUCAGGUCUGCCUGGGUCGCAAGGCCCUCCUGGCCUUACAGGGCUAAAAGGGGAAAGAGGCGAAGCUGGCCCACCUGGCCCGGUGGCUCUUUCGAAAGAAGAAGCUUCAGUGUGGACCAAGGGCGAGAAAGGCGAAACAGGGCCACGAGGCAAGCGAGGACACCCGGGGCCUCCAGGCCCUAGGGGGCCACCGGGGGCCCCUGGGCCUCCGGGUUCUCCCGGCACGGAUGGCACCUCAGGCGACAUCGGACUACCUGGCUGGACGGGACCACCUGGCGCCACGGGCCAGCCAGGACCUCAAGGACAGAAAGGUGAAAAAGGCGACCCUGGCCUCAGCCCGCUCGACCUCGGCAAGAUAAAAGGUGAAAAAGGCGACGACGGGGCCCCUGGCGUGCCGGGCAAGGAUGGUCCGAGAGGCCCACCGGGGCCCACCGCCGCGCCGGUCCCUAACACCAAGUACAUGCCGGUACCCGGCCCGCCUGGCCCGCCUGGUCCCCCGGGGCCGCCAGGAUAUAUGAACGAACUACCUGACAUGUUGACCGAUAGCCCUGGGAUUAAUCGCCGGGAGCCCGGUACAGGAAAACAGCGUGAUUCUCUUCACACACUUAGAGUAUUGAACCAAAUGGGUUUGCAGUACCGGCCAGAGUCAUACGGCCUUCGUGAUGGCUUGGACCCUCUUGGGGACAACGGUGAGUUCGAGGACGACGAAGAUGGACGAACUAUCGUAGGAACUAUCAUAUUUAAGACAACGGAAUCUCUUCUGAGAUUAGGUAGAAACAGCCAACUGGGCACACUGGCUUACGUCAUUCAGGAGCAGGCGCUGCUUGUCCGAGUCAACAAUGGAUGGCAAUAUGUAGCGAUGGGUUCACUGUUAGCGAUACAAGCCCCAAUGACUAAUGGACCAACCAGAGUGCCACUACAGAACGUUCUAGAAACGUCUAGUUUAGUACACCAUAAGAACCCGGCGGGCGAAGGACCAGUUUUACGACUGGCGGCACUGAACGAACCUCACACGGGUGACAUGCACGGCGUUCGGGGCACCAACUACGAGUGCCUCCGACAAGGCCAGAGGGCUGGGCUCGGCGGCACUUUCACAGCAUUCAUAUCUUCCAGGGUUCAAACCAUGGAUUCGAUCGUGAGCUGGGUGGACCGUGGAAUCCCAGUGGUGAAUACCCGCGGCGACGUGCUUUUCAACUCCUGGGGUGAAAUGUUCGACGGCUCUGGUGCUUUGUUUGCCCAUGCGCCUAAGAUCUACAGCUUCAGUGGAAAAAACGUGCUAAUGGACUCUGGCUGGCCAACCAAAGCUGUGUGGCACGGCGCGAGUCCCAACGGCGAGCCAGCAAUGGACGCGUACUGCGACGCCUGGCACAGUGGCAGUCCGGAUAAGUUCGGGCUGGCCUCGUCUUUACGCUCUAACAAACUGCUGGACCAGGAAACUUAUUCUUGCAGUUCCAAAUUAAUUGUGCUGUGUGUCGAGGCAACCCCCGUGGACACGGUGAGAAGAAAAAAAAGAUCCAAGUACCGAACAGCUGAUAAGCUACGAUUCCUAAAAGACCUUAACGAUCAACGAAACGAUACAAGAGGGACAUUAUAGAUACAGACUCCUAGUUUCAUAUAGAUCGUAAGAACAAGUGAAGACUGUACAUAUUUUUAAUGUAAUAAAUGCCAGAGACGUUUCUUGAAAGAAUCCCAGUGGAGCAUAUCGACAAUAUACGAAUAUCGAGUAGUUAC